AUGCCUAAAAUUAAAGAAAUAAUAGGCUACAACUACAUAUACUCCAUUGUAGAUGAGACAACAGAUACUUGUGGUCGAUAUAUUGUCAACUUGUUAACCGGAACUUUAAAUGAAAAUUUCGCCAGCAAAUCAUAUUUAAUUGGCACUCAAGAAUUAGAUAGAACAAAUAAUGUAUCUAUAUCAAAAUUUGUUAACGAUUCCUUGACAAAGUUUUAUAUAUCUAAUGCUGUUCCAAGUGAAAAAGUUUUACUAAUGUUGUCGGAUGCAGCAGCCUACAUGCUGAAAUCUGCACAGAAUUUGAAGAUUUUUUACAGUAAUUUAAUCAACGUCACAAGUUUGGGGCAUGGAGUAAACAGAAUAGCAGAUGAAAUACGCAACAAAUUUCAAGACAUUAAUAUUUUAGUCAAUUCUGCAAAAAAAAUAUUUACUAAAUCACCGCUGAGAAUUCAAUAUUAUAAGGAUAAACUACCCGGUGUACCCCUUCCAUCACAACCCGUUAUUACAAGGUGGGGUACAUGGCUUAAUGCCGCUCAUUUUUAUGCUGACAAUUUCGCACCGAUAAAAGAAAUUUUGAACUCCUUUGCAGAAGAUUCAAUAGCAAUUCGAGAUUGCUAA